AUGGGAACACACGAGCAGCCAGAAGUCAAACUACGAUACAUGUCUCCUGCUAACCUCUCCCCCCCCCCUCGAUUUUCUGACCCCGGUGGAAUUCUCGGCAUCAUCAAGAACAAGUCAAAUGACCAGAGGAUAUCUGGAUCCACUUCUCGUAAAGAAAAGCGCUUGCUACGAUCUCAUCAUGGGUUGCUGAAAGCCAGAAGCGAACUAUCUAUCUAUUUUCCAAAAUACGAACAGAUUCUUAGUCUGGAACCUACCAAAGAGGAAUUCCUCUCAAUCAGAUCAAAGGUCGUUAUUCUCGACGAUCUCGCUGGGGUUGGGCUUACAAGUUCUGUUUUAAAUGGGCGGCAUGAUGCACUUUGGCCGUGCAAUAUCCUGGAAAAGAGAAGAAAUCCCCUCUCCGACCUUCAACACACUCGAAUAUUUGAAGGUGUUACGUCGCUAAUCGUAAUGGAGAGAGAGAAAUGUGACCCACUGAGCCCUUGUAUUUUCUCAAAGGCCCACAAGAGAGUUGAGAGGAAAGAGAAACAGCUUAGGAACAUCGAAAAGGAGAGAGCGCAGCACGAAAAGAUACAGCUUGACCGGCUUCUAAAUGCAUUGCAAGGGCACGAUUGGCUCCGAGUUAUGGGAGUGGGAGGCAUUAUAGAAUCCGAGAAAAAGCUUUAUGAGCCUAAAAGAGCAUACUUCAUUAUGGAGGUGUCUACAUUACUGAGGAAAUUUGAAAAAUGGAAAGAUGAGGAAAAAAAGAGAAAAGCAGAACGCGAACAUCCCGUUUCCAACAAGAAUGAGGACCAGUUCAUGGGAAGUAGAAGUGAUAUCGUCUGUGAACGGAGCCUCUGUGCUCAAGAUAAUACCACUUACGAAGAAUCACUAAACGCCAUGGAGUCUAGCAACCGACCGGACACAAGCCCUGGCGUUGAUGUAAUUGAUGCUUGGGCGGCUCGCCAACUCCAUCUAGAGACGAUGUCCGCACUGCGUACGAAACGGCGGAAGGUGGAGUUUAAAAACAACUUUCCCUCUGGGACGUCACUUGAGAUUGCUAAGAGGAAUGAUCCCCCGUUCACAACAGCCACCUCUCCAGUGUUACAUAAAAAUAGUCAUCUCGAUAACGUAUUGGGGACACGUUUGCCGUCAAACUUAGCGUUUGGCCAGCCAAUACCGAAGGUGUUGCAGAGCGAUUUUUGUUUGCCUUUAUGCAUUUUGACUAAUGGGGCAGUGAGGGACUGCUUGAGGAGAAAAAGGAGAAGGAAGAGAGCUCAGAUGGGGCUGGGGUUGCACUUAAUAGUUGAAAGCUAG